UACCGGUUGGGUUAUAUCAAAUGCCUAUGAAGAAAAGUAACUGACUAUGUAAAACUUGCUCGGAUAUAUAGAUGUCCAACGAUUUGUUCAGAAUGUCCAAGACGUUUAAACUGCAUCGGCUGUUUAUUCUUCUAAUCAUAUGUGGGAAAGGAAUUUACACAUACUACGUGUGUGGAGAUUCUGGUUACCACACUCAAAAUAAUGGCGAGAUCGUAAGCCAUAGUGAAUUUUACAACGGACAAAAUUACAGCGAUGAUUGGUCUUGUAUCUUCAAAAUGGAAGCACCAAUGGAUAUGAAAAUAACUCUUGUUGCAAACACCUUCGACUUGGAGGCAGAAACCUCAUGCGGGCACGAUUCCUUGGAAGUGUAUGAUGGGAAUAGCGUACAGUCUCCAAGUCUUGGAAAAUACUGCAAUGGAAGUCCUCUAUGUACAAUAUCAUCUACUCAUAGAUUCCUUACAAUUCGUUUUAAAUCAGAUUCCCAGGUUACUGGUCAUGGAUUUGAUUUACAUUACUACUUCAUGGACACAGUGUCGCCGAAUGGAAUCAUGUGCGUAAACUCUAGUAGCAUCACAAAAAAUAAUGGUGAGAUCAUUAGUCACUAUGGAUUUCAUAACGGACAAACUUACAGUAAUUAUAUGAACUGUACCUCCAGAAUUGAAGCACCAUCGGACAUGAAAAUAACUCUCUUUGCUAGAACUUUCGAUUUGGAAGCAGAGCCAUCAUGUGGGUUCGAUUCCUUGGAAGUAUAUGACGGGAGUAGUGUUAAGUCUCCAAGUCUUGGAAAAUAUUGCAAUGGAAGUCCUCUAUGUACCAUCUCAUCUACUCAGCAAUUCCUUACAAUUCAGUUUAUAACUGACCAUAGUGUCCUUGGUAGAGGCUUUGACUUACAUUACUACUUUACUAGCAUCGUCUUACAUUGCAAUUCAUUACCGGACCCUAUUAAUGGCGGACUGGCAUACGGUAACAGCACUGAUAUCAACUCAACUGCUACAAUCUAUUGUAAUGAAGGAUUCCGCUUGAACGGAAGUGAUUAUACCCGGUGUGAAAAUGGAUAUUGGAUCCCUGAUCCAGACAUAAUGUGUACUUUAAUUGAAUGCACUUACCCCGUGGCUCCUGAAAAUGGCUAUGUAAUCAAGUCCGGAAUUAGUGUCAAUUCUACGGCACAGUUUAUGUGUUACGAUGGUUACGACAUGAAAGGAGUUCAAUUUAGCAUAUGUUUGUCGGAUGGGAACUGGAGCUCACAGUCACCAUUAUGUUUGCCGAAAGAGUGUCCAAGAAUUACAGAUCCGGAUCAUGGGAGCCUCAAGCUUUCAAACAACUUUUGGUAUCAGUCGGUUGGCAGAUUUACGUGUAACUCUGGGUAUACCUUGGUUGGUUCAAAUGUCACCAAAUGUUUAUCAUCUGUCAACUGGACAUACCCAGUACCGAAAUGUAGUCCUGUUGACUGUGGAAAUUGGACAUAUCUCAAUAACACUUGGGAAAAUUACAGUUACAUAACAUAUAUGACAAACACAACAUAUAGAGCAACUGCAAUAAGCUUCUGCAAAGCUGGUUAUCACAUAGAUGGAAACAAGAAAAGUCUUGCAGCCACUUGUUUGGCUAACGGGACAUGGAGUAUAGCAUCGCCGCCACUAUGUGUACAAGUUGGUUGUCCAGUUUUCAAUAUCUCAAAAGGAGACAUCAAAGUUGAAUACAGCCACGGGUCAACACGGCCUGUGAACUCUACAGCAACAUUUUCCUGCAAGAAUGCUUCAUACAGUAUCAAUGGGUUUGAAAAAGUAACUUGUCUCUCUACAGGGGAAUGGACAGGUUUAAGUCCAUCUUGCACAAAAGUACAAAAUCAUAUUUCACCCUGCCCAACAACAAUUGAUUUACAUGGCACACAAUGGGAGGAAACACAGCCUGGUAGAAUUAAAACCAAGCAUUGCCCAGUUACCGAAAACUAUGUAGGAGAAAUAUUCCGAAAGUGUAAAGGAGAAGGAAAAUGGAUGUUACCUAUUUACAACUGUGUGAGGCAGGACAUCGCCAUUGUUGACCAACAGAUUGAAGCAAUUAAAGAAAAUCCUUCAGAAGAAGUUGUAACAAACGCACUGGAUAAACUAAACAGUAUAACACAACCUUCUGAACAGAAUACUAUAUUUGGCGGUGAGAUUGACAAAGUUACAUCAAUCCUGGAAAGUAUUGCAGACAUAAGCGGCAAAAUUGAAGUGACUGAUGACCAGGCUGAGGCAUUCUUAGACACAACUAGUAAUCUUUUAGAUACAAGUAAUACAGAGACUUGGAAAGCAAUGUCACAGGAACCAGAAGGUGGUGAUACACGAAAGACAGAAAGAGGGGCUUCAAAGGUAUUAGAUGUGGUCAGUCGGUACUCGGAUUCUGUGACCGCCUCAUUAAGCAAGUCCAACGCAACAAGCAAAACUGUGAACGCAAGUAAUUUAGUUUUGCACGUGAGCAAGAUAAACAAUGAAACAGAUGGGGUCACUUUCCCUGAAAUGGGCAAGUCUCAUGAAUUCAACCUGUCAAGUUCUUUUCAUUUACCAAAGGAAUCGCUCCAAGGACUGAAACAUGUGUCCAGCAUACUGUACAAAAAUCUAUCCGAAAUAUUACAUUCAAGAACAGUUUCUAACGGUUCCGAAGAUGACAACACAGAAAUAAACUCCGCCGUAGUCGCAGUGAAAUUAGAGAACUGGAAGGAGAACGCAGGAUUCCACAUUUCUUUGACAUUAGGACAUUUUGAGGACAAAUUCAGCAGUCGCCAGUGCAGUUUCUGGAACGAAAACUUGACAGCUUGGGACAGUGAAGGUUGUAUAUUAAACACCAGUGCCUCAUCUUCAUCUACCUCUGUUUGCGAAUGCAACCAUUUGACCAAUUUUGCAAUUCUUAUGAGUCCGUUGACACAGACAAAUGUUGACAGCAAAGCUAUUGAUAUAAUAUCAACAGUUGGAUGCAGUAUCUCCAUGUUGGCGCUGGUCAUUACAAUACUGGUUCAUGUUGCUUUAUGGAAUUAUGUAAAAAGUGAUAAAGUAGUAUUACUUAUCAAUUUAUCUAUUGCCCUCGUCAUAUCGUAUGCGGUAUUCCUUGGUGGAGUAGACAGAACCGAUAAUGAGGAAACAUGCACAGCUAUAGCGGCGAUACUGCAGUACAUAUAUCUAGUCGUUUUCUUUCUGAUGUUGGCAGAGGGUAUCGAAAUUUCAGUUAAAUUCUUGUAUGUAUUCACAACAGAGUCGAGAUUAAAAUGGAUGUUACCGUGUGCCUGGCUGAUACCGGCCUUGAUUGUUGGCAUAUCUCUCGGAGCAACACGACUAAGAGGAUACGGGAACGAACAAUUUUGUUGGCUCUCAGUGCAAGGCGGGCUGAUAUGGGCAUUUGUGGUCCCUGCUAUGAUUAUAAUUGUGGUAAACUUUGUGUUGCUUGUCAUUUUACGGGCAGCAUUUGGAUCUACAUCUCAGCUGCAAAAAUCAAAAAUAGAGCAAACAAAGUGAGUUUUUCUGCGACUUUUUCUAUUUCAGUUCUUUUUGUUUCAAAAUAUUUGAUUUAUAAUUUAUAGUACGUGCACAUACAGUAGCUACAGUA